AUGAAUGGAUCCAGUGUGGCAAACACAUCCCCCAAUGUAAACUCCACAGAGGACCAGGGGUUAAAUGGGCAUGAUGAGAAGGAAAACCCAUUUGCAGAGUACAUGUGGAUGGAGAAUGAAGAGGAUUUUAACAGACAGGUGGAGGAGGAGCUGCUGGAGCAGGACUUCUUGGACCGGUGCUUCCAGGAGAUGCUGGACGAGGAAGACCAAGACUGGUUUAUUCCAUCGCGAGACCUGCCUCAGGCCAUGGGACAGUUGCAACAACAGUUAAAUGGACUAUCUGUCAGCAACGGUCAUGAUUCUGAAGAUAUUUUGAGCAAAAGUAACCUGAACCCGGAUGCCAAGGAAUUUAUUCCAGGAGUGAAGUACUGA